AUGGUCGAUACAACAGAAUCUUUGCCCACCAAUCUACAACUAAAGACGUCGAAGAGCAGACUCGGCAGCCCCCGGCAUAGUCGCAGGGCCUCCGGAAGGCCUAGGAUUGAUGCUCCCGGUGUAGCAGUGUUGUCCAAGGAUCGGAGAGACCAGGUACGACGAGCCCAGCAAAAGCACCGGCUUAAGCAGAAAUUAGCAUUUGAAGAUGCAGUGUCCCGGCUGUCAGAGGUAGAAGCACAACUGGAAAGAGCCAGAGGUGCAUUUUCCAAUUUCUACAGACUAGCCUACCUGUUAGGGUUGGACGUUAGCCAUCCGAGUCUUCAUAUACUUAUUGAGGAGCUGCGAACGGUUCUGGACACGUCCGAAUCGUCCCAGUCGGCGGAGAAGGAGGGGUUGAAGGAAAAUACCAUUCCAGCUGCUGUUAUGACUAGCAGGGAUCGUGAUUUGUGUGAGGUAUUGGCGGCUCCUAGACAUCGAGCCCUGAACCAAUCCUCGGCCGUCGUGCUUAUUGAAAAUUCGAAAGAACUUUAUAGUGCUAGAGUCCACUGCUCUCCAAGUGAGACCGCUUCUGACCCACAAUCCAUCGCUCAGGAGACCCAGGACAGAGCACUGACUGUCAUCAAUGAGCUCGAAAGACCUUUCAGCGGCAUUCAUCACAUAACUUACAGCUUUCAAGAACAUACAUUCGUCAGAAAGCUACACCGAUACUGUCUAGAAUACGCGUUUCGUCUAUUCAUCGACCCUUCCGCCUCUCCAUCAGCCACUUACCGCGUCUUCAGACUCGUUCCCUGCAUGCGGGAUAAGAAGAAGAUGUACCCUUACUUUCAUAGACUGGUUACCGGAGGAGCUCAGGAUGCGCUUGAGCUCCCUAGUCUCCCUUUCUAUUGUGUUGGCGGUGCGGGGACGCACUACCCUCGGACGGACGACUCAGGAAGGCAGAUAUAUCCUUCAAAUAUGCGGUUGCCGAGGAGGGUGCUAGGUACCUUGCCUAUUAUUACAAGCGUUGAAUCUGACGACCCUGGUGAAGACGCUCGAAGGCUACUCAAACUCUUCGACCUCGGGGGUGAGUAUUUCGAUUGCAAUGAUAUUGAGGGAUAUCUUCGAGCCCGUGGUGUAGAUUUGAAUCAGAGCUGUCUGUUCCCUCCAGUGUCGAUCCCAGGGAACAAUGAUAUACCAUACCAGACAUAUGAUAUAAUGCAGCUACGCUCGGGGCGGAAUAUUUGUCCUCCACCCACCCACACCUUGGAUGUAGAAUCUUUCUUUACAAGUAUGUGUCAGACCAUAUCUCUCUCACUUUUCCAGUUUAUGCUUACCAAUAAUGCAGAGGUAGUUAAUGGUGUGAUCAUACUGGGCCGAGUCCCUGGCUUCCGAAGGGAUGAUGUUGAGCGUGCUUUUUAUUCUUCGCUGAGGAGAAAAGCUACGGCAUAG